CUACAUUGUACCUAUAAUUUGACGUUUUAAUGACAGUUGUGUGACGUCACAUACUAGUGAGCAGAAAAACUUUUUUGCGGCAACUACAAAAUGGAGUUUUUUUUUACUGAAAUACACAACGAAAUUAUGAAUAUCCAAUUUUUAUGGACUCCAUAAAUAUUAGAAAAUAAUGAAAAUUGUAGCUCCCGACUGCGAGAAGUGAAAUUGUUUUCAUAAUAUACGCGAAUCGGAGCAAAAGAACAACAUAACGACAACCUCCGUGGCUGAAGUGGUAUCAAUACAAAACCCUACAUAAUAAUCAAAGUACAUAUAUCAAAGUCUCGUUUGCAGUGAAAAACAUCCUCCAAAAUUGCCGAUGAUCAGCAACAGAACAACGGGCCCGGGAACUAUUAAGUUCGAUGUAUUGGUGACUGCUAAUAUAUACGUACUCAAUGAAGAGGAAAUCCCUUCGUUAACUACCAUGAGCUCGGAUAUUUUGGCUGUUAGUCCAGAACUGUACCAGAGACGCUUAAUCACGAUACGCAACAUCGAGAACGAUGCCAGUGCCAGAAUGAUCAAGCCAGAGAAACGGAAGUGCCGCUACACCGACGAGAACUUCUUGGAAGUGUACCGACACUACUCGUACACAGCAUGCACUGUGCAGUGCAGGAAGAACGCCCAACUUCGUUUGUGCAACUGUACUAACUUCUUCAUGCCCAAUGUCCCUGAAUACAUGAAAUGCAACAUCAGCGGCAUCAUGUGUCUGAAUAACCACGUCAAUGUUCUAUCUGUUUUAAAGGCUGAGUGGUCGUCACGUUCCGGUUUAUACUGCAACUGUUUACCAUCGUGCACAGAAGCUGAAAUAACCACAGUGAAAGACUUCAAGAUAGUCACUUCUGAAAGUUUUGCCUCCGUCGAGAUCGGUCUUGCGAUGUUGCCAAGCGAGAGAUACAAGAGGAAUGUGGUGCGAGGAGUACUAGAUUUAGUGGGUGGGGCUUGCUUGGAGUUAUAUAAGCUGGCGGUUGGGGCACGUGAGGCGCUCGUUGAUGUAGACCCGAGCGCCGCCCUCAUCAGCGGUGUUCGGGGCGCCGUCCUCCGAAUCCGCGGCCGGAAGGCCGCCCUUCGCAACAGUGACCCUGCGGUGCGCCCAGAGCAGCUGGGCUGGCGGCACGCCAGGCGCACCUCCAUACGGCGCGGCCGUGCCUCGGCGAACACCAAGUCCCGCCUGUCGAGAGUCACUCCUAGCCGCACGGCAAGCAUGGUGUCGCUCUGCUACACGCUGACGCCCCUCUCUUCGGGCAACCCGCCGAUAUCCAGGACGGACAUCAACGCCUCCUGA